GCUGAUAUUUGAAAAAAACAUGGCUGUACCUUUUUCGAAUACAACAUUGAGAGUUCCACAUGGUUUUCCAAACUUAUUGGAAGGCUUCGCGAGGGAAGUUUUGAGACACCAACCCAAAGAUAUUUAUGGUUUUGGUGCCAAAUAUUUUGAAGGGUUGCUUUUAAAAAGAGAAGGUUUUAUUGCUAACAUUACAUCAGACUUAUAUUUAGAAACUGGGAUUGAAGAUUUGGCUCAGCUUGGUGCAAAACUAAAUGAUCGGUAUUAUAACAGCGAAGCGUAUUGUACUGGUACGUGCAACAUUAAUAAUGCUGAACAUCAAGAGGCUGCUGUACGUAUUCAAGCAGAAUGUCGUAGACAUUUAGCUAGCCAAGAAACUGAACACCUACGUGAACAAAAUGCAGCAACUCGAAUUCAAGCAAAUUAUCGUGGUUACAGAGAUAGAAAACUAGUUAACGAAAUGAAGGAAAACGAACGUGAUGUGGAUCAUUCUGGAGAACAGCUAAACACAGAAGAUGAAGCACAUCUUGAAAGUGUAAGAGACAUUGAUCAAACAAGUGUUUUACCAAAUCAUACAAUUUCACCAAAUAGUCAAUUGUUUGAAGAAAACAGAGAUUUUAAUCAAUUAUCACAAUCACAAAAAUAUAGUGAAGACGAGGCAGCUACCAUAAUUCAAUCUAGAUAUCGAGGUCAUCUUCAACGAGAACGUUUUCAUAGUACUACAAAAAUAAAACGAAUAUUCAUUAAUAAUGAUGAUUCAAACGAUGAUAUUGUAACUGAAAACAACGUAGUUAUUGAUCAAACUUCCAAUCCAUCACAUCAUCAUCGUUAUUCAGAUUCUGUACAAUCUCCAAUAGAAUCAAAAGAAAUAGAUAUUGAAGAAAAAGUUACUGGUAAAGAAUUAUUAAAUAACAAUAAAAUCGAAGAAAAUUUCCGGAUAUCUGACGACGAAAUCUCACCUCUUCAAGAAGGAAAGAAUUUAGAAUCUGACAAACAAAUAACAAACGAUUAUUUUAUUGAAGAUUCUAACGAAAACACAACUGAAGAUAUAAGCAUUGCAAAUAAUACUGAAUCAGAAGAGCAAACAACUGAACAAACACCUAGAAAAGAAGAUGAGGAAGCAGACGUUAAGAAACCUCAAAAUUCAGAUAAUGAAGGCUAAUUUAGAUUAUGCACAGUGAAUAAAUGAAUGAAUGGAUGGAUGAAUGGAUUAAUGUGAAACUUCAUAGUAGCUAUUUAUCUUAUUUAGUUUUUAUUAUUUUUUACUCUACCUCAUAUGAACAUUUUCUGAUGUUUUGCACAAUUUCUAAUUUAUGUACAUGUUUAAUCUAUUUUUGUGUUGUUGUUGUUGUUCUAUACAAUGAAUAAACUAGUGUUACUCAAUCAUGUGACAAUAUUACUACUACUACUAUUAAAAUUAACAGUAGUAUGUAUUUCCUUAAUUGAUAUCCGUUUUAGAUAUCAUUUGAUCAGAUAUAUAAACAUUACUUUUACUGUUGUUUCUUGGUUGGUUAUGUUGAGUAGGUAUCUUAGCAUAAGUGUCAUUAUGUCAUGGAUUACAUAACUUUAUAUUUGAAUUCCAUUUCUUUUUGUGCAACAGACAGAAAUAAUUACACUUAGUCGAUGUAGUUUGUUCAUUUUCAUCAUUUUACACUAUAUGAUAUGUUGUUGUUUACUUCAUGCAUAUGUAGUAAAACGGUUGAUUUUUUUAUCGAGAAUUUCGUUAAUUGUUCAUCGCUACAUGUUUUUCUUUUCAUUACGUUGUUCAGUAAAUAUAUUUAUGAAAAUUCACAUAA